AUGCGCUCAUUUACUGUUCUCGCUGCCUUGACGGCAACCGGGUCGGCUCAGCUCUUGUCUCUUUCUGAGCUAGCCAGCAUCCCAGUCUCGACUGUCCAGACUGUUCCCAUUGGUGUUGGCAACCAGACUGUUGCAGCAACCAAGAGGGAAGUCAACAACUUGGCCGCCCGCGGCGACUGCAGCGCUCUUCCCGUUGGUAGUGGCCCGGUCCCCACCACCGACACGGACACAGCUUUCCUCGCCGACACGGACUUGUCCAAUGCUGCUUUGGCGGCCGUCACCCCGGCCGGGUGGUACCAGACCUUCCAGAACCUCCAGUCUGCGACCUCCGCCUCGGCUUACAUGGGCUACAAGACCUAUGCCACCUACAGCCCUUCGCAGUGCGCAGCUGACUGCAAAUCGAACACUGGGUGUACAGCCUUCAACGUCUUCUUCGAGAGAGAUCCCAGCCAGGAUCCUGGCACCGCGUGCCCCAACCCCUCGAGCACAACUGUCAUCAAGUGCAGCUUCUGGGGUGUUGGCAUCGGCCCUUCCACCGCCACCAACAGUGGUGAAUACAGGAACGAUUUCCACGUUGUGAUUGCUGGCUCAAACGGAUACCAGCUUACAGCACCCGACUACGCCGUCACCGGCUACAACUCUACAUUCACUGAUACGGCCACCAUCAACGCCCCCAGCGACUGCAACAGCUACAUCACUUACAGGGCUCACACCAACGCCGCUUAUGACCCUUCUCUCUGCGCUGCCGACUGCGCUUCUCAGAGACAAGAAACCAACCCCUUCAACGGUCUCUACUGCCACUUCUUCACCAGCUACUCACUUGUCAAGAAUGGUGUCGUCCAGGCUCAGAUUUGUGCUCUGUACUCGCGCACCUGGGACAAGAGCUACGCCGUCAACACGGGAUACACCUCUGGCUCUGAUGUCUACACCAUCCAGUAUGCUUACUCGUACUCUUAUACCUCUGAUUUGGGCACUUGGACUUGCCCUCAAGGCAAUGCCGCGGUCGCCUCUACGACAUCGACUACUUUAUCUACUUCUUCCACGUCUCAAAUCGCGACCCCUUCCACUCUUUCCACAUCUACUACCUCACGGGCCGCCACUUCUUCGACCCUGACUACAUCCAGCAGCUCAUCUGCUUCCACAAUCAAGACUUCCACCUCUUCUUCGACCGCCGCCGCAACAACUAGCAGCACGGCGGUCUCCAGCGGGCCCAUCGUCGCCUGUCCCAGCCCAGUGAGCUAUGUCGUUGGCUCUGCUGGUGGACUGUACGCUGUCUGCGCAAACACCGACUUCAUGAUUCCCAGCCCUCAGAUCUACUACGGCUACAAGUCCAACGCUGACUGUGCCACUGCCUGCGAGGCUCAAUCUGGCUGCACCAAGGCCGUCUACAACCCUACCACCCAGAUCUGCUAUCUGAAGGGUAGCCCCAGCGUCGCCGCCUCUAAUUGGAACAUCAACGCGCCCUUCCAGACCCUCGUCAAGGUCACCGACGGCACCGCUCUCACCAAGUGCUUGGCUCCCACUUACACCGUCAACUACUUCGGCACCACCUACCAAGUCUGCCCCAGCAGUGACUUCACCAACAACCCUGCCACGGACAUCUGGUACUACGUUCCCAGCGACCUCGCUUGCAUUGCUCUGUGCCGCUUGAGAUCAGGAUGUACCAAGAUCGUGUACAACUUUGUUACCAAGACCUGCUACAACAAGGGCAACCCGUCCCUGGCCAGCACCGGAUGGCACGUCAACACCCAGUUCCGCGCCAUCUACAUUAACUAA